CGUGGUCUUUUGUGUACAUUCAUUGACGCUGCUGAGAAUCGAGCUCUAGAGAAAGAUAACGGGUCCUGCGAGUCUAUAAACGAAAAAAAUCUCAGCUCUCUGUAUUACAUGAGCAUAUGUCGUGUAUAGUUUGUGUUUGCGUUUAUUUAACCGUCAGCGUUAACCUAACCCCCGGAUCCGAACUAUCCUCCAUCUUCGCUAAUGGGAGCCGCCGUGUAACAUUAGCUAGCUAACCUGACGAUGAUGAGGAGGAUGAUGCAUCGGAGGAUUUAUCCCGGUGUCUCUGACUGAGAUGGAGCCAGCGACACUCUGCUGCUUGCUAGCUAGCUAGCGAGCUAACGGAGCCCGCCGGGGUCCACGGUGCAGCCGAGCCGCCCUGAGAGAGCCUGAUGGGUGCUGCUGCAGCUUCGCUUUCACACAUCUCCACCCGGGCCAGAGACAUUUCAGAGACCAUGUCCACUGGCACAAAUAUGCUAACAUAACCGUUUAGGUUAGCCACACGUGACAUAGUUUAUCUCGAUCCAGCAUUUAGCUUACACCCCUGGCCGUCCUUGGAUGCUUCAUUGACAUUUACUGGACGGUGUGUUUCAGGAUGGCACAGCUCUUGGACGGGGCCGGCAAACUGGGCUGGGUUCUGCUCAAGUCUGUGAUCCGUUUCUUGUUUAUGUUGUGCAACAACUGUGUAGCCAUCCCAUCCUACUGUUUAUACCUGCUGCUUCUCCAGCCGCUGAGAAUAUGGGACAGCCCGACUUUCUGGUACAUCGAAGGAGUCAUGUUCAAAUGGAUGCUGGCCAUGGUGUCUUCAUGGGGCUGGAUCGCAGGUUAUACAGUAACGGAGUGGGGCGACGACGUACGGCCGAUCUCUGAAGAAGAAGCCAUGGUCAUCGUCAACCACCAAUCCACAGGAGACGUGUGCACCCUCAUGAUGUGCCUGCAAGACAAGGGCAUGGCGUUACAAAAAAUGAUGUGGUUGAUGGACCAUGUGUUCAAAUACACAAACUUUGGCCUAGUGUCCCUGAUCCACGGGGACUUCUUCAUCAGACAGGGUAAAGCAUACAGAGACAAGCAGCUGGUCUACCUGAAAGACCACCUAGAGAAAUACUACCACAACCGCGACAGGAAGUGGAUAGUUCUCUUCCCGGAGGGCGGCUUUUUGCGCAAACGGCGGGAAACAAGCCAGUUGUUCGCCAAGAAGCACUCUCUCCCCCACCUGAACCACGUCACUUUGCCUCGCCUCGGGGCCACACAAGUUAUCCUGAAGACGCUGUGUGCCCAGCAGGAGAACGGCAGCGUGGGCAGCGAGACUGGAACCUCCAACAAGACGGGUAAUAAACGUAAAGGCCUGCAGUGGGUAGUAGACGUGACCAUAGCUUACCCCAAAGCGAGACCCAUGGACAUCCAGACCUGGAUCUUUGGCUACAGACCUCCUACAAUCACACAUGUACACUACAGGAUGUACCCAAUAAAAGAGGUUCCUGUGGAGGCAGAGGCCCUGACUGACUGGCUGUAUCAGAGGUUUGUGGAGAAGGAAGAGCUGCUGAACCACUUCUACGCCAAAGGGUCAUUCCCCCCUCAAGACGGACAGAAGGAUGUGGCGUCCCGGCCGAUGAUCCUCGACCCCGUGUGGCUGUGCGUUGUCCAGUCGAUUGCGUUCGCCUCGGGCUACGCGUGGUACAGCGUCCUCCAGUACCUCUACUGCUGUUUAUUUUGAGCGCGCUGAUGAGGCGAGAGUCUUUAUUGGACCGCUGGAAGAGCCUCAGGAUCAGUUGGUGUGUGGCCCAGCGUCACACUUGCCCCCUACGAUGGAUGAAUGUACAUUUACAACAGUGGAGAGACUUAAUAGCAAAACAAAAAAAACAUGAGGAACACACAGAAAACAAAUACAAUAAGGAACUGGUCACAGGCAUAGUUAACUUGCACACAAACCUAAACCACACACUCGCUCCAACGGCCUAGCAGAAUAAUCUCUCGCACUCGUCACGACUCACAUUUUGAUGUUUACACGUCCUCAUACAUGUAGGCACUCACACUGACAUAACUUGUAUUGGAAGUGAACGAAAAAUGAGGCUCAGGACUCCUCCGGAGGACGCUCUGGACCGAACUCUCUCUUCCCCUCUAGGCUUUAGCCGUUGUAGUUUUACAGAGUAUAAAGUAUGUAUGAACAUGUGUGUGUGUGACUGGAUGUAUGUGACUAGAAGCAUAAUGUCUGCCCUUAAUCUUCUUCCUGGCGAGAGUUGAUGAAGCCCACUGGACCUCUCUUUCAGCCCGCUGACACCUUCCAGAGCGAGCGGCUGUGGACGCUGAGGCUGCCGCUCCUCUGGCUUCAUUGCACUAAGGAUCCAUACUGCCCUAACUGCUCCCUGUCCCAGGAAAUGUUCCUGCGUGGUAGCUGUCAAUGUUUUUCAUUUUAUUUUUGUUUUCUUCCCCUAACCUGCAUAUCUCCAAAAAACGACGGCCAUUGUAUUUUGUUGAUGAUGUCUUUUUGUUGACUUUUUGUUUUCCUGUUUGUCGCCUGUCUAUCGAGGCAGUAUUGUGAGAAAAGGGGGAUAAUGUUUACACUGGCAGCCCUGCUGAGAGCCUAAGUGGGAACGGCGGCUAUGAUGCGGCGCUUGUUUUAGGGAUCGUUUCUGUGUCAGACGUUAAAGGGAGGAAGAGGAGACAGUGCCGUAGUGCUCAUUUUAUUGCACAGCAGAAAAAAAGGUUGGCACGCAGGGCAAGAAAUUGCAGUCUGAUCAACUAAAAAGUAAUACAUACACAUACACAUACACAUACACACACAUGCACACACAGCCAUGUGCAGCUACACACAGCAGAGUAUCCUUGAAGGAUCAUCUCAGCGAGCCAGACUGAGAAGGCAGAGACUCUUAUCCCCCAUUGGACUACAUAGUUUUACAAAUAUUUAAGCCAUAUGCUUAGUGUCGUCGGGUGGGGAAAAGACAUGGGGAAAAAAUAUGAUUUUUAUAGAAAGCUACCCUAAUGUUCAGCAUUCUAAAAUAGAGAUUUUGGCUUACAGAACUAUAGGUGUCAUUACUGUACAUUUACAGCAUAACCUGCCUAAGUGAGUGUGUGUGGUUGUCUUUUCCCCCCUCUUUUGAUAUAUAUGAAUCAUGUCGUGUUGCUCUGUGACGUCAGAGUGCGGCGGCGAUUUCACCACGAGUGGUCGAAUUAGAUUUCAUUUUAAAUUACAUGAAACUGUCGUCCUCAUGUCAUGGUAUGUUUAAAUCUUGUACAUAACAAAGGUGAGGAAGAGUUUUAAUUGUUGGAAAUGACGGCAGCGUUUCUUUCUCUCUUUUGGUCCGUGAUUAUUUCAGAGAAUUUUUGUUUAAAAUAUCAUGAAUGUUUAAAAAAAAAAGAAAGCGAGGAUUUUCCCUUCACUUCUCAGUGUUAACCUUUUUUUUUUGUUUUUAUUUCAUUUUUAAAUGUUUGACCUGGAAGUUGUUGUGUGCUUCAGACAUUAGAGCUACUGUACGUCCGUGUGCUGGCUGACACAAUGUUUGCACAGUGACACAUGGGCCCACUUUCAAAUGUGUACCAUUGUACAUUUCAAAUCAGGAUUUAGUGGGAAAACCUCGACUAUCAAGCCUUACCUGAUGUCCAGGUAGACCACAGUCCCAGAUAAUGCUGUUUCCUCACACUCCCUUGUGACAAACAUUUGUAAACAAAAAAAAAGUGAUGUCGAGCUAUAACUUGGAGUGGAGAAGGGAUCACUCUUCACUUGUGAGGGGAACUCUGGCAGGGCCUGCAAUGACGCAGCUUUUCUCUCGAAUGUACCUAAUGUUUAAAGUUGAUUUUAUGUAAUUGCUUAGCCUGCUUCGAUUAGGAAAAUGAUGGAGGAGCACCAAUUAUUGUUGUCAUAAACGAAUGCAUAAAUGGUGCAUUUGAGUAUUUUACUGCCCUCCCUGUGUGCCACUGUUGCUAGAAACUGUGAGUGAAAUGCAAAAAAAGGGCUACCUGACCGGGUAGGGAACACGUUUAAAUCAGGCUGGUGAUGUGAUUCAUUCGCGGCCCUUUCAGAUUCCCCUCCAGUGUGUGAGUGACUUGAAAUGAAGCUUCAUCCUUCUUCCUUUUUUUUUUCUCCAGCUUUUUAUUUUAUUUUUGUAUUAUCUGACCAUGUUUCCAAAGAAGGCAGGGAAAUAAUGUUUUUCCUUGAUGUGGUUUUAGGAAAUAAACACAAUAGGGAUUUAAACAAAUUAUUCUAGAGCUGUCUGUAAUUUACCAUUUUGUACUUCUCCUUUAAUUCCUAGCGACACAGCCAUUUUACAACACAAAAGACUUGUGCUGGAAUAAAACAUCAUAAAGAUCCUCA